AUGCACAGAAUUCUAAUAAUUUCAAUUUUAUCUGUGAUUACAGUAAACGGAGAAAAUGUAUGUUUUUCAGAGUUUCCAGACAACAUAAUAUUUUUAGAAAACUUCCUCGAACUUCCAACUUCUCUUCGGAAUUGGUUGCAAAACGUGCAACAGAACUUUGGAAUUUUUCCUACCUUCAAAUAUUUACGAAGCUUAUGAAAGAGUAGAUAAUUCGGUGAAUGUGAGUUGAAAAGUUUUCUUUUUUUUUGAAAAUAGAAGCUUGAAAAUUUCAGGCAACAGUUUGUCAAUUUCUACCAUCGGAUGUCGAAUUUAAUUGUGUAACAGCGAUAACAACUCCUGGAAAAAUCGCCUAUCUUUUGGGAUAUAAUUUUUUGAAUAGGUAUCGUCUUUUUUAUUGUGCAUUGUUGUGUUGA